AUGGCUUCAGCCCAGUGGGGCUGCUACUUUUUCCCAGCAAACUGCACGGGAAAAAGAAGGCUAUCAGAGCCUGAGAAAAGUGGUGUGGGCCUCACCACGGAUGAGAGGCCCAGCACGGGGCAUGAGAAACUGAACGGAGGAAUGAAGGCACUUGCAAAAGAAGGCCGGAUGCAGCCUGUCAGAGCCCAAGCAGAGCUAUCUCCUCCACUUUUCCCCAAUACCCUAACUUUGAAAAUAACAUCACACUUUCGUGGCCGUGGAGGUUUUAACAAAGGCCAAGACCUAGGACCUCUGGAACAUGUAGUUUUAUUAGGAGAGUUCCUACAUCCCUGCGAAGAUGACACAGUCUGCAGUUGUACUACAAAUGAAAAGAAGAUGUCUUAUUUCAAUGCUCCAGUUGAUUUACAGAACAAAGAACAGCUUGGUAAGGUGGAGGAAAUAUGCGGACAACUUAGAGAUUUUUGUUUUUCUGUGAAAUUGUCAAAAAAUAUUAAGGCCUCUUCCUUUAAAAAAAAACUGCAGAAGUUCUAUACAGACCCAAAUAAACUGAUACCAUUGCAGGGGGUUUUAUCCCAACCUCCAGGUGAAAAGGGAACCCCAACAGGUGGUAGCAGGGGAGGCCAAGGAGAGGGAAGGGAAGAAGAUGACAGAGGAGAAAGAGGAUGUAGAAGCGGAGGCUUCCAAGGAGGAAGGGGUGGUGGUGGUUUCAGAGGGAGAGGACAUGAAGUAUAA